GGAUAAUGGAUGCUCUGGACUCAGACCUGCUCUCCAAGGACCAUCUGUCCCAAAUCAAUCAGUACCAGCCAAAUCUGAGUACGGCUUGGAUGCUCCAGCGUGCAAUGAGCGUGCCUGUGGGAAGUAAUCCACCUCCAGACUUCAUCAACAAGCUUCUCUCUGCAAAUUUCCAUGACCUUGUUGUUCUCGCUGGGGCUUGGGAUCGUAGUAAGGAGGAAUUCGAUGAUGAGUUAAGGGUAUUAUGUGAACGACUUGAGUUGAGGAAGCAGGAGUAUGCCAGGGAGUGUAGGGAGCUGGGGGGAAGAUCCGCCAAGGUUGAAUGGAUCCUCCUCAGAAUAUGGGGAGUAGAUGACUCGCACCUAGAAGGGCAGAUCCCCGAAACACGGGUGGAAGCAUCACCUACCACAGGGGGCAGCCGGGUCACGAAGUGCGACGAUCUUGCGAUCGAAGCGGAGGAGAGGGAAGAAAUGGAACGAGCGAUCGUCGUCAUUGCGACCACCAUCAGGAACUCUCCCCUCACGAACAGCCAGGCCUGUGAUAGCGCCUCGGAACGGGAGCGAUAUACGGUGCUCCAGCUUCAAUGCCCCAGGACAGAUGACCACGUUACCGACUGGCCGAAGAUCCUGGAGAAGGCAGAAGUCGGAUUGCGAUGUAUUCCUGCACCUAAAUUACACCAGCAGGGUGAUGGAGCCACUAUCCAUCAGGAGAAUGAUCAACGAGGUUCUGGCGAGGAUAGUGGGAGAUGGGACGGCGACAUGGCUGAACACACCAUGAUCGGCUGGACCUAUAACACCAGUAUCGCAUCCAGACUUUGCAGGCCUGCGGAAGUGUUUCGCGACUUUGACGUGGCACAGUGGAUGGAGGCCUAUGAUCCGGAGCAUUGUCCAUGCAGAUCACGCAGAUACGUGGAUAUGCGCAACCGCGCUUCGAUAGACCUGCUCCAGUGCGAGGGGCAUACGCAUGUGAUCACUCCGGACUCGUCGAUCACAGAUAAUCCUCUACUCCAGGGCAUCAUCAAUUCUGGGUUGAACCACAUCCCCUGCAUGGCUCUGGACGUGAACGAAGCGGAGAACGAGAUGGGCGGUUUCCUCGACAGGCUCAUGGCGGAGGUGAUGGAGCUGCGGGAACUCACAACAUCCACCCAGUCAUUUCUACGAAGAGUAAUCCUGAGGAAAGCGAAGGCGAGGAUGACCAAGUACAAGGAGCAGCACAGGCAUGUAACCGCGGAGCCAUUCGAACAUCCGGCUCUCAAACGGGAACUGGAGUUCCUCACCGGUCGCUUUCUCAUUUGUCCGACGGAUAAGGCGCCAAACACUCCUGCCUUUGUAUGCAAGAACUUCAUUCGGAAGCUCGCUUUUCAGAGGCUGUCCGAACCUGAGUUCGCGAGCAUCGCCGCCCCCCCUGCUUCGGUCAUUGCGCGGAUACAAGGCGAGCUUUCGGCCAUGCCCGCUCUGCCAAUGGCACCACCAACGCUCCCGUACCUGAUGACGGUGUUCAAGGCGCAUAAGGAUGCGUUCCGAUGGAUCACAAACACGGCUGGGACGGUCGUCUCCCCGGCAGCAGACCUUUGUGCAUGUCUGCUUCGGUUUCUUCUCCCCCUGGUGCAGACAUUCUGUCAGGAAAGGAGCCUGGAGACGGAAGAGCGGUAUGGAGUGAAGCCGAACCUAUGGUGGUCGAUAGCCUCAGUAGGGGAAUUCUAUGCGAACUUGCCAGAGAGGAUCUAUUUCAUCUUUACAUCGGACAUCACCAAGUGUUUUGAGACGAUCCCCACGGACAGCUCGGAGGACGGCCUACCGGCGGCGGUGAAGUUCUACGUACAGAGUGCGAUGCGGGUGAAAAGGGAGAGGAGCUCGAGCCACAUCAUCCGGAUCAGGGUGGGGGAGAGCGGCAGGUUCUGGCCCUCGUGGGUGGAUGGCGAUCAGAUGGAAGGAAUGGGUUCGAUGCUGUUCAAGGAAGAGGAUGUCUGCUGGCUCACUAAGUGGUGCAUCGCCAACAGCGUGCUGCGCAUGGGGGACUAUGUAUGGAGACAAGUCAAGGGUAUCCCCAUGGGCUUGGCCUGCUCCCCAAUCUGGUAUAUCGACGACUUGGGCGCGAUCAACAACACCAUCAUUGGGAGCUUCAUGCGGAGGAAGGAGGAUAGGGUGGAGAAUGACCCAUGCUGGAUCUAUCCGGACGAAUUCAUCGAGAUCAAGGAGAAUACUGAGGUUGUCGUGGAUGGAUGUGGCCGAAGGGCCAACUUUCUCAGCGUGACCAUCACGAUCACCUCUCCGGAGACGGGUGCGUAUGUUACCUCCAGGCAUGACAAGCGCGAGGGCCUGGGGCUUGCCCCAUGCAGGUUCAUGAAAUAUAAAUCCAAUAGGAGCGCCAAGCAGGCGUUGCAGAUCAUCACUGCCCAAGUUGCGCAGAUCCUGUUGCUAUGUUCCGAACCAAGUGAUGCAGCCAUGGAGAUUAACAAGGUGGUGACCGCGAUGAAGGACAAUGGUUUUGCGAGGGAUGCCUGUUGGGGAGUGGUCAGAAGAACUCUACGUCAGAAGAACUCUACGGAACACAUAUCGCUACCAACCUGGCAAGGUUUCCGUGCAUACGGUCAGAGAGGCGCUGGCCGACAUGGUCUUGGCGAACCGGUUUUGAAGCCAUUCCUCCAGGAUGUGACUCAGUUCGGCCCGCUUUCGCAAACCUUGGCAGCUAUGGCCACAUCUCAACCACAGCUUGUCCCGACCAUCGUUGCUCAGAUUGGGAUUGAACCACUCGUAGAUUGGAUGGGCCAUUUCACAAGAUUGGGUGCCUACAGCUUCUUGUCAUCAUCAGUGUCCCCAGUACUCAGGACGUGGAUAAACUCGCUUUCGCCGGAAGAGAAGUUCCGUUGGAAAAGACGAAUGGAAGCAUGGGAGUUCGGAUCGGGUCUCGACUACCACAGCUAAGCAAUUCAUUCACACAAAAUGAGGGAGGACUAUUGUGUCCAAAAAGAGAGAGAGAGAGAGAGAGGGAAAAAUAAGAGAGGACUCAUGCGAGAAAGUGGAGCGAGGAGGAGUGCAGACGGCGGGCGGCCAGUGCGCAUGCUGUCAUGCUGGGGGGGGGUAAUGGGCCUGAUGCAGUUUCCCGGUCCAUUCGGGGCUCACUGCCCUGUAUGCUGCUGUACCUGUGAUAUGGCUAGGGUGCCGGUCCCAAGUGGGGCUCUGGGAGUGUGAGGUGGUACCCCCCCUUGAGAGAGAGGGGAAGGGUGAGGACCGUCGUGGUGCAUAUGGGAGAGGAGCGGUCGUAGCUGGCAAAGUUGUCCCCAAGUGAAACUCGUUCGCUGCAUGUGCACAUCGAUCAAGCCGGCGAUCCUUUCCCUUCCUCCCGGGUGAAGACGGGACAGUACUAGAAACUGGGUGGCUCUGCCAAACUGUGUGGAACUGCUGAGGACCACAGAUGGGGACCUCAGCAGUUCCACAGCAGUUUGGCAGACCCACCCAGUUCUGUGGUCCUCAGCAUGCCUCUGUGUGGAACUGCUGAGGACCACAGAACUGGGUGGGUCUGCCAAAGCUCGUAAUGCGAGCGGACUACCUCAGGGAAGUGGGGAGUUGGGCUGUCCAUGUCCAUCCAGAUUCAGGAUUUAGGGUUUGGGGUUUAGGGUUUAGGGUUUACACCUCCUACCAAAUGGCCUUGGCCCCCUAAGUGGAGCCAAAGCUCGUAAUGUGAGCGGACGACCUCAGGGAAGUGGGGAGUUGGGCUGCCCAUGUCCAUCCGGGUUCGUACUCUCAUAAUAGACCCGUUGAGAAGAUAUAGUUGUCAGCUUCUCCCUGUACCAACCUGCUGAAAAGUGGAGCUAAUCAGGCGGCAAAAAAAAAAAAAAAAAAGCAUAACUAAGUACUUACCUCAGUUCCCUGACAAUGAAUCUGGCGCGGUUUCUGCACAAGAUCCAACGCAAUGAUAAGAUCUACGGAGACGAUUGGAUGUCGUAUGAAUCUUUCAUUUGGACGACCACGAAGUGACAGCAGCACCAUUUUAUUUUUUUAUUUUUUAUUUUUUUUAUUUUUUUUUUUGUAUUCAGAUUGCGUUGGGUCAGAAAGAGUCGCAAACGGCUCAUUGGUGUAGCAGGAUUGGUUGGUGAGCUGUGGGGGAUGCGGAGCCCCUCCUCCCCCUCCCACCUUUGCCUGGGUCCCCCAGGCUUGCCGAGGGGGAGGGGGUUUGCUAGCCCAAGGCCGCCUCCUGCGGAGGGACUCUGUUCCGGUGCGCCUACUACUGCGGCGUGAGCGGCAGAUUUGGUUGGGGUGCUGUGGGGGAUGGUUGCCCGUCCUCCCCCUCCCACCUUUGCCUGCAUUUGGAAAUGGGGCCGUCAUGGCUUUGAUUCGGGGAAGAGUUAUGGAGUUUGGAUUCCUUGCCAAGGAAGUUGUGGAUCCUCUCUAAUAACCCCAUCCCUUCCCGGGCACACGUUUUCACCCGAAUAGAAUAGAACGCCCGGUCGUUAUAGCCGUACUUGGGGUCACUAUCAGUGUAGAUACACUAUUCGGGUGAAGACCGAAGUGAUGGAGUUGGAUUCUUUGCCAAGAAAAGUAGUGCAUCCUCUCUCUGAGCCCAUCCCUUACUGAGCACGUGUUUUCACCUGAGUAGAAUGUCCGGGCAUUUUUGCUGCAUUUGGGGCCACUUUCGAUCUCGAUACAGCGAUAACGACGAGGCAUUCUUGUCCGGGUGAAGAUGGUUGUGAUGGAGUUGGAUUCUUUGCCAAGUAGUGCAUCCUCCCCGGCACGCCCACUGGUGGCUUAAUAACUGCGAUAAAGUUUAAACAUCCGGUGCGUUACGUUUCCCAGCUAUUUUUCUCUGAUGUGGCCCCAUGGCCCCCAUCCAUGCACACCGUAAGUUUUGGGGGUCCUGCCUGCUGGAGCAAAAUGGCCUGGCGAUGCCAGCCAAAAGCCAAAAGAAUGUCCGUGCCGGCUCUUUUUUUUUGGCCCGCAGGAUGGCUACAGGAUCGGCAAGGGAAGGGUCAAAAGACUCAAAAGACUCGAAAGUUACUGGUGGUUUAAUGACUGUGCCUCAGGGUUUUUUUUUUUUUUUUAAUGCCUCAGUUGUUACAGGUUGCUGAAAACCAUUUUAAUUG